GUUUACAUUUUACAAAAGCUUGACGUGUUUUAAAAAACUACCUAGUUAUUACUUGUUGAUUGAUUGCAAAUACUUUAGGUUACUGUGAAGGCAUUGGAUAACAUAAUUUAUAUUCCUAGUUGAUGUAGUGAUCGUCAAAAAAAUGUUAAAAGCCGUAAUUUUAAUUGGCGGGCCGCAAAAAGGAACCCGCUUCAGACCAUUGUCUUUGGACACCCCGAAGCCCCUGUUCCCCAUAGCUGGUGUGCCACUCAUACAACACCACAUAGAAGCUUGUGCCAAGCUCAAGGAGUGCAAGGAGAUCCUCAUCAUCGGAUCAUACACUGCUACGCUUAUGGCUCAGUUUGUUAGUGAUAUGCAGAAAGAAUAUCAUGUCAUAAUUAGAUAUCUUCAGGAGUUCACUCCGCUCGGCACCGGAGGUGGUCUGUACCACUUCAGAGACCAGGUCCGAGCCGGGAAUCCGUCUGCUUUCUUCCUGCUCAAUGGUGAUGUGUGUGCAGACUUUGCCUUAAAGGAACUGUGGGUGUUUCAUUCUGAGAAACCUGAUGCACUGAUAACAAUAAUGGGCACGGAAGCGACCCGUCAACAAUCAGUCCACUACGGCUGCAUGGUCCGGGAUCCCGGCACCAAAUCAGUGAACCAUUACGUGGAGAAACCAAACAGUUAUGUUUCCACAUUGAUCAACUGCGGCGUCUACGUGUGCUCACUGCAAGUCUUCCAUACUAUGGCGGCGGCCUUUGAGAAGAAACAGAAUGAAUUUUAUAGUGGCAAUAAUGGACAACAUAGCCCAGGUUAUAUAUCAUGGGAACAGGAGGUCUUGGCUCCGUUGGCUGGCACCAACAAGUUGUAUGCUAUGCAGGUAACAAACUGGUGGUCACAAGUGAAAACCGCUGGUUCUGCGAUAUACGCUAACCGCCAUUACCUGGAGCUGCACAGAGAUAGGGUGUCUCAGACAGCCCCGUGCCAAGUUAUACCUGACGUAUUUAUACACCCCAGUGCUGUGGUCGAUAGUACUGCUGUGAUUGGCCCGAACGUGUCAAUCGGCGCAGGAGUGACGAUCAAAGCGGGCGUCAGGCUAAAGGAGUCGAUAGUUCUGAAUAAUGCAACUAUUCACGAACAUGCUCUAGUCAUGCACUCUGUUGUUGGUCAAGAAGCAUCAGUCGGCGAGUGGUCACGCGUGGAAGGCACGCCAUCAGAUCCUGACCCUAACAAACCCUUCGCUAAGAUGGACAACACGCCGCUCUUCAACUGCGACGGGAGACUCAACCCUUCAAUCACCAUUCUAGGUGCAGGCGUAGUAGUACCAGCGGAAAUGAUCCUACUGAACUCAAUAGUUCUACCGCACAAACACUUAACAAGAAGCUUCAAACAUGAAAUUAUAUUAUAGUAUACAACAUAACAUACCAGUAUAAUACCAAAAAUACAACUACAGUCUGUUUUUAGCGUAGGCGGAAAAUGGUUCGAUGACGUGAGUCACGCUGCUGUCAUUACGAAAACCAGCUUCUUAUAGUCGUAUUCCUCAUGGCUGAGGGUCCUGGAAUGUAAAUUUGUAAUACCUUGUCCAUUUCACUAGCUGAUAAAUAAUAUCUCAAAUCAUAUUUUCGAAAGUGUUAAUUGCUAACACUGGUGUCAGAUUUUAUUCAAGUCGCUUAACUGCAUGUGACAUGAUUUUUGCGACUACCGACCGCGUCUAGUGGCAAGUAAUCGCAUACACACUAGUGAAGUUAAACUGCCAACCAUUGUGCAGGUUUCCACACAAUGUUUUCCUUCACCGGAAGCAAGUGGUGGUCUAUGAAAACUACUUACUGGUAAUGUUCGGGGCGAGUAGGAUUCGAAACUGGGACCUUUCGAUCACGGGCGCACGAUCUUAACAACUUUGCUUCAUAUUAUUGAACCCAAUGAAAAGGCAAUACAUACAUACACCGUCCGACCGUACGGUACUCGUCGUGCAAAUCGCCUGUAUGUACCAUUAUUUCUGACAAAAUAAAAAUAAGCUACAUUCGACAGUUGAUUUCUUGUUUUUGACAAUAUUUUUUCACUGGGCAGUAGAAAUAUACUAUAGUGGCUAUCAUUAUAAGUAUCUACUUAUUUUAACGGCGGCGUUUGGCUCCAUGGAAUAGGGUAGUUGCCAUCAAUCGAUACUUUUUUCCAAAUGUCAAAAACAAAUGGAUACUUUGGAAUUUAAAUAUAACCUUGUAAUAAAAUUAUAAAUAAAUAUAUUAGGACAAAUCACACAGAUUGAGCUAGCCCCAAAGAAGUUCGAGACUUGUGUUAUGGGAUACUAACUCAACGAUACUAUAUUUUAUAACAAAUACAUAUAUAGAUAAACAUCCAAGACCCGGGCCAAUCAGAAAAAGAUCAUUUUCCAUCAUGAUCUGACCGGGGAUUAAACCCGGGACCUCUCGGUUCAGAGGCAAGGACUUUACCACUGCGCCACCGAGGUCGUCACUCACUUUAAUUGAUCAAAUAAAGUGACAUUUCAUUAUCGUGUUUUGUUAUUUGAAUGCAUUUUUGAAAACAUGUUAUUUUUGACCAAGCGACUACUCUAUUGCAGUAGUCAGUAGUAAAUAAUAUAUGUGCCUAUUUUGUUUACGAAGAGACCAAUGAUGUUUAAUAGAUGUCGAAUGCUUUAAUAUUUUUACAUUCAAAUUAUAUUUUCCUUAUUGUGUAUGGUUGAAUUUAUUCUAUACAAAUUAAACGUAACAUAACAGAAUAUUUUCUAAUAUUUUAUUAAUUACAUUAUAACUUGUGUGAUGCAAUAAAUUAAGCACAAAUUUUA